AUGGCGGCCCACGUCCAGUGGUUUGGCCGCGGAGGACUCCGCUGGAGCAGCCUGGUGCCGUGGCUUUUUCACUUGCUACGGGGACGGUCUGCCCCGGCUGUCCUGCUCAUCUGCUGCGGCAGCAACGACCUCGGGAAGGUGAAGAGCGUGGACUUGGUCGCAGCGAUGAAGCGGGACCUUCUGGACCUCCACAGGCGGUAUCCAUUGAUGGACAUUUUUUUUUCGCAACUGACCGAUCGCCGCCUGUGGACGGACGCCCAGCCGGGGCGGAUCAAUCCUGUGAACACGGGGCCAAGGAGAACUCGCGCCCGCUUUGCUCCUUUCUUCGUGGUAACACAGACCGGGCUGCAGGAUGUGGAGCAGGUACGGUGA